AUGACGACGCCGGCGCAGCACCUGCAGCACGCCGCUGCUAUGGCGGCUGCCAACACGGGUAUGUUUGGCGUGUCAUUGCCGUCGAGCUCGUCCGUGCCAUCCGCCGCAGCGACGGCCUCGACGUCAGCGGCGCACGGCAACACCAGCAGCGGUGACGGCGGCGGGCAGUCUGCCCCACCUGCGGUGCCCCUCUCGGGUCCAUCGACCUCGACCUCGCACCCCGUAGGCGGCCCCCCGUCGACCCAUUCCGGCGCCGGUCCGAGGCGAACACCGUUCAAAGCCCAAGCACCAAACAAGGCUUCGGCUUUCAACAACAAGAAGGACAAGGGUGACAAGAAAACGAGAUCGAGGCUCGCUUGUGGGUUCCAGACCGGACCGUGGUCCUCACGCUUGGCCUACCAGGGGCCCUGUGAUGAUGUGCAACAGCAGCGCGCACUCGCACAAGCGCGCGAUCAGACUCGAGCUCACCCUUUUACUCUUGCUUUUUCAGGUCUGGCUUGCAAGAGCACCAAACAAAAAUGCGAUGGACCUUCACGAGGUGAGCGGUGUGCCUUUGGCGCGUGACUCUGCGUCGACCAUGCCUGCCUCGAGUGGACAGCCCGCUUAGCCCCGCCCGCCAAGCGCAUUGGCGCCCGUUCCGAAGCCACUUUCGCUGCAAGUGUCGGCACGGACUCGUCGGAGCAGUCCACCCCUUCGGCUAGCUCGGCCCCUGGCACUAGCCGGUCUCAGUUCAUCCGCAGAGAACGCGAAAUUGACCCGGCGUCUCCUCUCUUGAUUGCGAACCACACAGUGCCGUGUCGUAGGUGCGAACUGUGAGUCACGCCCCUUUCCCAGGUUUGACUCGCCUGUCUCGGCCGGGUUUUCGGUCACCGCGUGCGCCAACUCUCUGAUGCUGGCCUGCAUCUCCUUCGUUGACAGCUAUGGUCUCGAAUGCAAGUUCCCUCCCAGCGCCGGAGUUGUAGCAACAACCAUCGCCUCAGGCUCGGGAGUACUCGAUGGCUCGGCCCCUGUCGCGAUCAAAAAGUUCGACGAGAUCGCCGCGCGACUGCGAAACAUCGAGGCCGCGCUCAACAUCACGUCCACCUACACUGCGGAGGGCUAUUCGCCGAUGAAUGCGACCGAUUCGCGAUCACCCUCCCGGAGAUCUGUCUCUCCAGCGUCGUCCGACGGGCUCGCUACGGCAGAUGAGCUCGACAAGGAAAAGGCCAACCCGAUACAUGAGAUCAACGACAGCAUCGACAUGAUCGUAGGCAAGGUGCAGGCCAGAGCCGGCGACGGCGGUAUCGCCGAUGGUGGAUUGGAUGACUACGGGGCGCCCGACGUGGUCAAGCGGGGCACGUUGACCCAACACGAGUGUCAGGAACUGUUUGACUUCUUCUUCUGCUCGAUCCACCCCUGGGUCAUGAUGCUCUCGCUGGACGAGGACCGCGACGCGAUGGGCGUGCGAUCACGCUCGUCGCUGCUCUUCCAUACAAUCCUUUGCCUCGCCACUUCGUUCUCAUCGCCCUUCCCUUCAGCGCUGCACACAACCUUGGUCAGCUACGUCAACGCCAUCCUCGCACCGCAGAUCCUCAACCCGCAACCGCACGAGUUGACAACCGAUUUUUUGCGAGCAAUGGACCUGUUGAAUCUGUACAAGCCGACGCAGUUUUCGACCCGACGGGCCGAAGGCAAGGACGUCGCCGAAUCGAUGCGGGCCAGCAAAGUCAACGGCCUCGCUUCUUGGAUGCUACAGGGCAUUCUCGCUCGAUCGGCCGAGAGGCUUGAUCUCGCCAGCUCCUUGUCAAGGUUCUCGCGGGCCUACUCCGCAAGCGCGUCAGGGAUAGCGAUCCCCAAGCGGUUGCUGCGAGACUUGCGUCUAUACUACUGGCUCCUGUCAAACGACGUUCACGGGAACGUGCAGUCGGGACGAAGGUGCAACAUGGAAGGAGCGGCCGCGCUGACGACGACUCGCCUGUUUUCGUCGCUUCAACUUCAGCCUUACGAUGUCCGUCUAGCUGCUUCGGUCGAGAUGUUCGAGGUCGCGCGACCGAUCCUGCGCUCCUUUUCGUACGAACGCACCCGUCGGAUCGCCCAAGUCGAUUUGGACCGUUACAACACCGGCAUGGCCGCGUGGGAGGAAUUCUGGCUGCCCAUGCUGCAGCAACAGCUCGCUGUCGACCCUUUGGCAAUGAGUGUGAUGUGCCCCUUUGCGUGGUUCAUCACGCUACAGUUCAACGCGGCGGCUUACGUUUCCUGGAAGGAAAAGCGGUUCUCUUCGACCGACUCGACGGAUGGUGCCUUCCCGGACCUCAAGCAGGAACCGGGAUUGAUGGGUGGGGGUGGGGGUGGGGGUGGGGCAGGCGGACCGAAAGCAAAGCGGGCUCGAAUCGAGCCGAGAGGCUUGACACAAUGCGAGCACGAUGGCUUGGAACGCUGCGUUCGAGCGGCCGAAGGUCUUUUGUUUACGCUGUGCGAGGAAAGCCGGGUCGUUGGAGCUUGGAGGACAGUGCAGUGGGAAGGCGCUGAAAGAGCCGAUGGGUGGAGCAAACUUACAUUGGAUCAGUCGAUCGUUGAGGUGUCGAAGUGGGGAAUGGACGGUAGGUGACCCGUGCGAUCUUCCUUCUCUCCAGGGAUCGUAACUGAUGAAUAGUAUCUUUCUGUAGCCAUCACCUGUGUCGCGUACAUCUUCCCGGCGGUUUUCUUGUGCAAGCUCGUUAACGAGGUAAGUCGUCAGCCAAGAUGCAUUGGCCGCGCGAGUGGACUCGAGCUAAUCGCUGGUUCUAUAUAGGGAAUUCUGACUCCCAACUUGGAGCUUUCUCGCAAUCCUUCUGUCCAAGUUCCAUGGCGAUAUUCUCAGAAAUUGCCGCGACUGCUCGAGCUCGGCGCCUCCUUCCUCGACUCGAUAGCAUUGAAUCCUCAUCACCCCGCGCGCGCUCAAGCUCACGUACUUCGGACGCUACUCGAAUUGGGCAUUAAGGGUGUACCACCCUCCCCUCAGCCUCUGAGGCCCACGGAAAACGGACCCCCCGCCGUGCCAGAGUCGAUGGCACAUUACAAUCUCGGCGCUCAGUCGAUGCCGGGGGCAGAUGGUCGCAUGGCAGGCGCUUACGCGACUUCGCCUCAACAACAUGGUCCACGCUGGCCUACCUCACUUGACUCAUCGAGUGCAGACCGAAGCCAACGCCGUUACCCUCCCGCUGCGAUGCCCGCUUCGGGCAACCAAGUUCUCGAGACGUACGCAGCUCUCGGCCCAGGUCGAUCGGCGGGCUCUUUGGCGAGCUCACCCAGCGGCAAGCAACCCGGUUCAAUCAACGUCGAUAUGGCUUUGACGAAUGUUCUGGAUGGCUUCGAUCCGAUGUGGACCGAGUCGGGGGUUGGGGCUGGGGCAACGACCUCGACGGCAUUGGCGCCGGAUCAACGAGCAGGCCAGGUUCGAACACGGGCACGACACCUCAACCCAUCAUGUACCCGUUCUGA